GACUUCGGAGGGGCAAUGAAAUUUCCUCGAAAUGAAAUACCAAUAAAAGGAAAGAUCGUCGGUCUUCGGUGCCCUUUUUGGUUUCUUUCUGUAGCUCCUCCGAUGGAAUUCUUCUCCGGCGGCCGGCGUGGCGGCGGGGGUGGCGGCGGGCUCCUCCCGUCCACCACCGCCACCAAGAUGAAGGCCAUCCGAAAGCCAUCCACCUCCUCGUCCCGCCGCCGGGGCCGGAUCCGUGACCUUCUCCCUCCGACCUCCUCCUUCUUCACCAUCGGCCUCGUCAUCUCCCUGCUCUUCUUCCUUAUCGUCAUCCUCAUCUUCGGCGUCCCCACCCCCCUGUCCUCCUCCCACUCGAAGCAGCGGGUUCCUCGCCGCACCGUCCCUCGCAGGCCCCUCCCUUCCUCGGAGGGCAGCGCCGAAGGGGGUCUUAGGGCUAUCGCUGAGUUGAUUUCGUCGCCGGCUUCUGUAGAUAUCACCACCAAGGAUCUGUACGACCGGAUCGAGUUCUCGGACUUGGACGGCGGGGCGUGGAAGCAGGGAUGGAAAGUGACCUAUCAGGGUCAUGAAUGGGACGAUGAGAAACUGAAAGUCUUUGUGGUUCCUCAUUCUCAUAACGAUCCAGGAUGGAAGUUAACGGUCGAGGAGUACUACAAUCGUCAGUCGCGUUACAUACUGGACACCAUCGUGGAGUCUCUCACAAAGGAUUCUCGUCGUAAGUUUAUAUGGGAAGAGAUGUCUUACUUGGAGAGAUGGUGGAGGGAGGCAUCCAGUGAUAAAAAGGAAAACUUCAUCAAGUUGGUUAAGAAUGGGCAGCUAGAGAUUGUGGGAGGGGGUUGGGUGAUGAAUGAUGAGGCCAACUCCCAUUAUUUUGCUAUCAUAGAACAGAUUACAGAAGGAAACAUGUGGCUUAAUGAUACCAUUGGCGUUAUUCCCAGAAAUUCUUGGGCCAUAGAUCCAUUUGGUUAUUCAGCCACAAUGCCUUAUUUGCUACAGCGUAUGGGUUUCCGUAACAUGCUAAUACAGAGGACUCACUAUGAAUUGAAGAAAGAGCUAGCUUUGCAUAGAAAUCUAGAAUACAUUUGGCGGCAAAGCUGGGACAAGGAGGAAACUACAGAUAUAUUUGUUCACAUGAUGCCAUUUUAUUCCUAUGAUAUUCCUCAUACUUGUGGACCCGAGCCAGCUAUUUGCUGUCAGUUUGACUUUGCUCGGAUGCGUGGAUUUAGUUAUGAGGCCUGUCCAUGGAGGAUAGACCCAGUUGAAACAAAUGCUAACAAUGUACAGGAGAGAGCCAUGAAACUUUUGGACCAAUAUAGGAAAAAAUCAACCUUGUACAGAACAAAUACCCUUCUUGUUCCUUUAGGUGAUGAUUUCCGUUAUAUUAGUAUCGACGAAGCAGAAGCCCAGUUUAGGAACUAUCAAAUGCUUUUUGAUUAUAUAAACUCCAAUCCCAGUUUGAAUGCUGAGGUGAUGUUUGGUACUCUUGAAGAUUACUUUAAAACCCUCCGUGAGGAAGCAGAAAGGAAAAACUUCUCCCAACCUGGUGAGGUGGGAUCUGCUGAACUUGGUGGUUUCCCGUCUCUCUCAGGUGAUUUCUUUACUUAUGCUGAUAGAAACCUAGACUACUGGAGUGGAUAUUAUGUUUCAAGACCAUUUUUUAAAGCAGUUGAUCGAGUAUUGGAACAAACACUCCGUGCCUCAGAAAUCUUAGCUGCAUUAGUUUUGGGUUACUGUCAGAAGCUUCAUUGUGCUAAACUACCUAUCAGUUUUGCCCACAAAUUGACUGCUGCUAGGCGGAACUUGGCUCUUUUUCAACAUCAUGAUGGGGUUACUGGAACGGCUAAGGAUCAUGUUGUUAUAGACUAUGGCACUAGGAUGCAUACCUCUCUGCAGGACCUGCAGUUUUUCAUGUCUAGGGCUGUGGAAGUUCUUCUAGGCGAUCUACAUGACAAAGCAGACCCGACAUUGCUGUCUCAUUUUGAGCCGGUGAAAAGUAGGUCAAAGUUUAAUGUCCUGCCAGUGCACAAAGUUCUUGACCUUAAGGAAGGGGACACCCACUCAGUGGUUCUCUAUAAUCCGUUGGAGCAAACAAGGGAUGAAAUUGUAAUGGUUGUUGUGUCUCAGCCUGAUGUUUCUGUUACGCAUUCCAAUGGGUCAUGCUUGGAGAGCCAAGUAUCUCCCAAUUGGAUGCAUGGCACCUCAGAUAGCUCUAGCAUGCAGCAUCGUCUUUAUUGGCGAGCCUCUGUUGCUGCAAUGGGCUUAGAAACCUAUUAUGUUGCUCGUGGAUCCAGGACCUGUGGAAAAGCUGUGCCUUCUGUAUUGAAGGUGUUCUCUGAUGCCCAAUUUUCUUGUCCGUCGCCAUAUGUUUGUUCAGAUAUUACAACUGACGAGGUGCAGAUUCAUAACCUUCUUUACACACUAACAUUUGAUGUAAAGAAAGGUCUUCUGCAGAAGAUAACUCACAAAAAUGGCAAACAAACUAAUGUUGGGGAAGAGAUUAAUAUGUACAGCAGCUCUGGCAGUGGAGCUUACUUGUUCAAACCUAUUGGAGAAGCUAAACCUAUUAUCAAGGAAGGUGGCAAAUUUAUGAUUUUGGAAGGUCCACUGGUCCAGGAAGCUCUCUCUAUUCCGAAGACAGAGUGGAAGAAUACACCAAUUUUCCAUAGUACAAGGAUCUACAGUGUGGAGAACACAGUGCAAGAAUUGGUCAUCGAGAAGGAAUACCAUGUGGAACUUCUUGGUAACGAAUACAAUGAGCGUGAAUUAAUUGUUAGAUUCAAAACAGACAUUGAGAAUAAGAGGGUGUUCUAUACUGAUCUUAAUGGGUUUCAGAUGAGUCGAAGGGAGACGUACCAGAAAAUCCCUCUGCAAGGAAACUACUAUCCUAUGCCAUCUCUUGCUUUUAUGCAGGAUCCAUCUGGUCACCGGUUUUCUGUCCAUUCUAAGCAGUCACUUGGUGCAGCUAGCUUGGAAGAAGGUUGGCUAGAAAUUAUGCUUGAUCGCCGAUUGGCUCACGAUGAUGGACGUGGUCUAGGACAAGGGGUGAUGGAUAACCAUCCUACGGAUAUCCUUUUCCACAUCCUCACAGAGUCUAAUGUGUCUGCAUUACCUGCAAAGCACGCAUUGUUGACACUCCAACCAUCAGUUCUUUCUCACCGAGUCGGUGCCCACUUGAACUAUCCAAUGCACGCAUUUGUCAGCAACAAUAACCACAAACGAAAGUCCAACCUGCUUCGUCAAACUUCAUUUGCCCCAUUAUCUUCGUCAUUGCCAUGCGACUUGCACAUAGUCAACUUCAAGGUUCCACAGCCUCUGAAGUUCGCACAGGCUGGUCCUCUCACUGCUAGAUUCGUAAUCUACUUGCAGUGGAGAGGAUGGGAUAGUUCAUUCUGUAAAAGAGGCGGAUUGCCAUGUUCGACUGUAAUGGAGGAGCCAGUGAACUUGUUCUAUGUCUUCAAGGAUCUCUCCGCUCUGAAUGUGAAAGCAACUACUCUGAAUCUACUACACGACGACCCUGAAACCAUGGAGUACAUUGAGCAGUUGGGAGAUGCAGCUCAGGAGGGAAAUGUGCUAAUACAGCCGAUGGAAAUACAGGCCUACAAGUUAGAUCUUCAGCCACAAACUUGAGUCAUGCAAUGCGAACUUCUUACGCUGUCUUGCUAAAAAGACGUCACCAUCCUAUGCCUCAAACGCAGUGAACUUAGGUCGCCUGGUCCCUAACAUUGUGAAAUGGAUUCACAGCAAUCUUUUCUGGAUAUUGACUCAAACACAUGCAAGUCAAAGUUGGAAACCUCUCAUAGCUAUUGGUUUCAAGAUCCUCGAAAUUGUACCGGAGGCCGAUAAUAUGGAUUUUUCUUAGAGCUUGUCAACGUUUUGAGUUUGUUAUGUACUUUAGAAGGCUAUUAAACAUAAUUUUGUAUGGUAAUUGGACCGGCUUAGUGGCAGGUUUCAUGUUGAGACUUUAUUAAGAAAUCUGCAAUUUGCAAUGAGUUUCUAGA